AUGAUGUUGAUUCACAAUGCUGCUUUGGCAGAUGAGAUCUUCGCUCUCAAUGCGAUCUAUGGAGAUGGCACAGUCACUGCAACUUUCUCCAACAGCGACCAUACGACAAUUAGUCUUCGACUAUUCGACCUGUCCUAUUCGUUUCUACUUCACAUAGCCAACACAUAUCCACGGUCGACGCCCAGAGUACUGGGUAUCGACGACUUGAUGCAGAGCACUCGUGUGGAGGCUCGUCAAAAUGUCAUGUACUUUCAAGCCUGCAUCGUCGCGGCCAAACACCCUGACGGUGUUUGUUUCUUCGAUGCAAUUGAACAAUUUGACCCAAUCUUCACAAUGCAGCGGGCACACUAUCUCAACAUUGAACACGGUCUGGAUCCGGAGAAAGAGGAGAACGAGGAGAGACUGGCGAUGCUCAGGCAGCUGGUGGAUAAAGCGGCACUUGGAUCACCACCACCUCCUUCUUCAGCGACUGAGUCAAAUCCGUCAUCGGAUAUCGUGGGCUGUGCCGUGUGCAUGGAACCCUUCUUCAGAAUCGAUACUGCCACGUUGAAGUGCCAGCACUCGUAUUGUCAUGACUGCCUCGCGGAUGGCAUCAAAUUUGGUUUCACCGAACGGAGCGAGCUGAAAUGCUGCGGCAAGAGCAUUCCUAACCAUAUAGUUCGAGACUUUGCCGGCUUCGAUGAGGCAUGGCUAAAGUUUUAUUUCGCUUACCUGAGAGAACGACACUCACCGAAUCCAAUAUACUGCCCAUAUUUCAAAUGCAACGCGUUUAUCCCACAGGUGUGUAUGGAAGGUGAGAAGGCAAAAUGCCCCGUCUGCAAGAAGCAGCUUUGUGUGGCAUGCAAGGAUAAAGAACAUCGAGUCCUGCCCAUCGUGCAGCCAUAUGGUGGAAAGGACGGAGGGCUGCAAUCAUAUGGAUUGUAUUUGUGGGAUCCGAUUUUGCUAUCGCUGUGGCAAGACAAAUUGCCAGUGUGGCAUUUUUGA